CAGAAUUCCCGGCGUUAUCUCUCGUACGAAUCGCAUCGCCCCGUACAAUUCGAAUUGUUAUCUAACGUUUCAAUUAAAAUUAAAAAAUUUCAGUGAAUAGUAGGAGUCCCGAGUGUAGUUUACCAUAAAUCGUAAACUAGAGUGAAAUUUGGAAUUCAGCGGCAGCGAGAGAGUGAUCAAGCACGUCACUACAAUGAGCGAUUCGAAAAAUCUAUAAAGCCAAGAAAACCAUUCAAUUAAAUCGAAUUAUUUACACGAGCCGGACUCUUGUUAAUAAAUAAUUUAUAGCCAAUCGACCCGUAAAAAUGCGGUUAUAUAAUUGAGAGAUGUCCGACGAGUGACGGGCCAUUGGAAGAUCUCCAAAGGUAAGAUGAAGAUGGAGAUGAUGAUGAUUUGGAUGGCUGCCUUAAUGGCGUUCGCGGCCGGUGUGGAUUUAAAUAAUUUCACCAACGAGGAUUACAAGAUCGUGUUUCCUAACAGAGAAGACGAGGGAACUUUGAAGCUUUCCAUUGUGUUAUUUCGACAUGGAAAUAGGACACCGAAUGGAGUAGAAGAACUGUAUCCAAAUGAUCCCCAUUUAAAUUUCACCUAUUUUCCAUAUGGUCUGGGACAACUAACAAACGCAGGAAAGGUAAAAUUGUACUCGAUAGGGGUAUCGCUCCGCAAAAGAUACAACAACUUCCUGGGCAAAUAUUACUAUCCCGACAUCGUUGAGGCAGUCAGCACAGACUACAACAGAACCAAAAUGUCGCUCGAAUUAGUUCUAGCAGGGCUGUUUCCUCCACGCCAGGAGGAAUUGAUGGCAGCAGCAUUAAAUUGGCAACCCAUACCUUACAAUUAUCUACCGCUAAACGAAGAUAAAGUUCUCGUGAGCCACCUGUGCCCGAGGUACAAGCUGCUCUACAAGCAACACGCCCAGCGUCCCGAGGUCCUGCAAAGGUACCAGCCCUACCGCAACCUCUUCGAUUUCCUCUCGGAGCGCACCGGCAAAGAAAUCCGCUCCUUCCGCGACGUCUACCACCUCUACUUCGGCCUCUCCACCGAGGAGGAGUUCGGCCUGCAGCUGCCCGAUUGGACGAAAACCGUCUGGCCGGAGCCCAUCUCCUCGCUCGCCGCCGAAGAGUACUUCGUGGAGCUGGGCACGCCCGACAUGCAGAAGCUCCUGGUGGGCUACCUCUUGGACGAGGUGCUGCGCAACCUCAAGCGGAAGAUGUUCGAUCGCAGGAAGCUGUCGAAGAAGCUGUAUUUGUAUUCGGCGCACGAGAGCAACUUGGCCUACCUGCUGAUCGCUUUGGGGGUGUUCGAGAAGCACCGGGUGCCUCCCUACGGGGCGCAUGUUGUUCUAGAGCUGCAUCUGGUUGAUGGGGUGUAUGGGGUGAAGGUUUUCUACGAGGCUUGGGACGGGAGCGGGUUGAGGUUGAUGAAAAUGGUCCAUUGCAAGGAGUUUUGUCCGUUCGAUGUGUUCGAGAGUUUGAUGAGGAAGUUUGUACCCAGCGAAGAUGUGUGCGGGUAUUUGUGAUGGUUUUUUUUUGUGUGUAGUAUCGACGAGGAUUCGGCGAAAUGUAGUUAAGGAAAUUGUAAUUUAUAGAGAUUAUUGUUUUAUUAUUGAGCACCUAGUUAUAGUACGUAUUUAUCGAUUAUUUACAACGAAAUGAGAUUAAUAAUGAUACA